AUGCAGCAGCCGACAACGAGCGAGCCAUCCGCAAUUCUCAUGAACGCCGCCGCCGCCGCAGGCCGUUCCACGCCGUGCGCGGUCGAGUUCUACAAGUUCUGUCGGUGUGAAUCGAUCUUUGAGACCAAGUACCUCAGAACACAUCGCGCGGGCGGCACCAAAGUCCUUCGAUGUUUUCCACAUUGCUGCCCUGAGCACGUGUUCAACAGUGUGUGCGGCUCGUCAAUCGUGACCCGAGUCCAUGGCGACCGGUCCAUUUUGGGCCAUUCCAUCACAUAUCUUCGCUUCGAAGCAUCGUACGACAACGAAUGGAAAGUCGGCGACACGAUUCCUGAACACGUCGUGCUGGCCAAUGUUCGGCGGCAGACCCACAGCGUUGGCGAGUGGAUUACAAGCCACUACGAUGGCUUGGACGAGGUGCGUACGUCGAUCCCUGAGAUCAGUCACCUGGACGGUCUUAUGACGCGUGUCAGCGAAUUUAGCCCGAAAGCCUCCUUGGGUUGGCAUUAUCGGUGGAUUGGAGGGUCGGCGCGACUGCAGCGCCAGGCGAUGCAUACGCUCCGGGCGUACGUGGUCGUGCGCAUUAAUGACGGGCCUUAUCUUUCUCGUCGCAACUUCAAUCAUCCCAACCCCGUUCUCUUACGAGUCAUUGCCACAGCCACGUCUCCGCCAUUCAUCGUCAUGUCGUACCGUCGAGCAUGCAAAACCUGCCAGCGCCAAAACCCUGAAGAUAUUGUUCAAUGCCAAUGUGAAGGCAUCUACCGCAUCCCUCCCAGCCACACUUUGGUCGCCAGCUCAACCAACCCUAGCGGCGACGUGCCAUCUAUUCGCGGCUCGCCUGUGGACGUCGCUCAAAGCAACCUGCGCCACGAUGCUUGUGUUCUGCCUCGUCGACAGCUUCGCCAAAGUUGGGAGAGUUUGACGUCCCCAACUCUGCAUGCUCAUGGUCGUGAAAUUGACGCGGCUGCAAGGAUACAGCUGCGUGAGAUGGAAGUGGCCAUGGCAACCGUGCACAGCUUUGCCGCGUCCUUUCCACUACUUCCAGCGCAAGGCCCCCACUUCACUGCACUCUGGACGUACCUCACUGGCCAUUCACACUCACUCAACAUCGCAGUGCUCCCACAAAUUUUCAUGGACGCGUUUGUUUACCAUGGUUGCCAAAUCCCGCGCAAAUUCAACCAUGUUGUGGGCGGAGUGAGUGCCGUGUUAGCCCAGUGCUGUGCCCACCAAGGUGCCAUGGUCCAAGCGUUUUUGCAAACCCACGCGUCGGCGCUGCUGCGCAAGGCCGAGCUCGAACAGACCUAUCGGCACCUCAUUCUUCGGCUCCACACCAACUUGAACGAAGCCCUGGCUCCGAUGCACAUGACGCUAGUCGCACUCGCCCAUGAUGCCCUCGAAUUAUGCCGCGAACUUGUUUCGUCAAGGGGGUCCCCGAGUGUUGCAGCCGCUGCUUCGCUGUGUUUGGCCAAGUGCCGUCGGUUUCGCUCAUCUUCUUCAUUCUCAUGGUUUGUCGCUCAAAUGCGGGAAAUAUACAUGGCACUGCAGCCCACAUCCGCAGUCCCGAUCGCCCCUCUUGCCUUGUCGGCGUCGUCGCCAUUCAACGGGACAUGGGGAUUCAAUCAACUCUUGGCCAUGUCGUCGUCACCCCCACCGCAAUGGCUCAAUCCGUCCAUGCUUACCACCCUCCGUGCAAGUACCAUGGGGUUGGUGGGGUUUCGGCUCGCGCUGACGACUGCUCCAUGCUGCACGCUGUGGGUCCGCGCUGUGUCGGGCACGAUGGGCCACCCAAUCGUCGUCCCGCCGUCCGAAUUCACCUUGAACGGAACGCCGCAAAUCCUGAGGGUGUUCCCGAACGGCGAAACGACGAUGGAAGCGAUGUCGAGUCACCUGACAGGCGAUUACAUUGGCGCAUACCAAUUGGAAGCGAGCGUUGGAGGACGCCCCUCGGUCGACCUUUCGCUCUUUUCUUGGCCACUGGAUGCAGUCGACUCGGAUGUGCACCAUGUGGAGCUUGGAUUGCGUCCUCGAGUAUGUUACCGCGUCCAAUUCCACGCAAUCCUUGCCGAUCCCAACUCGCUCCAUGUCCGCAUGCAAGUGUUCGCCGCACCGGAGCGAGCACGUGGCGGCGACUAUUGGGGAUUCAGUGUUGCCCAGCGCCUCGCGUGCUACGACACAUCGAACGAACGCUUGGUCGUGGAUGUUCUCGGCCAGUACGGGCGUCGUCGAAUACCAUGCCCACCAACCACGAACACGACUUGAACCAGCAAAACGCCGCGCACUGCCCGCCACGGCAUGUUGACGGAGCGUGUGGUUGGAGCCAAUUGUACGCGCGCAUACUCUUGGCAGUCUGUGUGCGCGGCAAUGUCUCCAAGAGAACGCCGUAGCCGCAUGACCAUGACGAGACCACGGCAUGCAGCGGAAUACGGUAUAUUAUAAGUCUUUAAUGCACACGGGGGUCGUUCGCACGGCGGUCGUUCUUACAAACGCAAGAACGACGAACCAAACUGGAAUGCGCCCAUGACGACAGAACCGAUGGCUCCAGCCAUCAACAUUGGUCGUGUGCCCGCCGUCGACUUGUACAGCAUGCCCGUGGCCCCUGCGGCAAGGACCGGCACAGCCUUGUCUACGAGGACGAACCGCUCGAGUUCGACAGUGUCCGCAAGUUCUUGGAUGGACGAGUACAUGAGCGCCAAGAUUCCCAAUGCGUUACCGGCACGGGAGCCGCGUUGGCCAGCCGCGUUGAAUAAACUGUUGAGACGCACCUUGAGCUUGGAACUUGGGGCGUUGCGGAUCCCUUCAACAACACCGAUGGCACCGCCACCAAGGAUGCCACCAAAGUAGCCCAUGCCAAUAAUAUGGGUCGCUCGCUCAUGGAACCCGCGACCGCGGGUGUCGUACUCGAGGUAGUCGGCAGCGGAAGGUGCGGUCGUGCCAGCAAUACCAAACACGGGGGCAAUGGCGCCAAGGUCAAUGUUGGAGCUACCUCCAAAGUCCGGAAGAGUCAGAGGACCCGACGAGGCGGCAAACGCUUCGAACGACUCGUCCGACUUGAACUCGGUGUCGUUCCACCCGUGGUUGCCGCUGCUGUUGCGGGACAUGAUCGCUCUCAAUCGUCAGGGGCAGAAACAAUGGCACAACGCCAAUCGUGGACAAAAUCGCACUUAAUCCAAUGUAUGGCGAA